UUCCCGUCUGUCUUUUCCAACCCCAACUAUUACUUUGCCCAAGUCACCUUUGUGCAAGAGUUGAGCCAUGGAUUGCCGUGUAGGAGAUGAUUGGCUUGUGGACUCUCUUAUAAGAUACGAGAAUAUUUGGAUGUAUGGACUACAAGACUCUUCAAAGUGCCUUUCUUGGAUGUCCGAUAAAGAGCUACUCGUAGCAAGCUUCCAUGGCGGGGAUUCUGGUCGCAAGAAUGAAAUCGUGGAGCUAGUGGUCGGUGACACACUGCUUGCGUCAACUAUCCAGCAUCAGGACAAACAGAUGGCGGGUGCACGGAGGGACUUCAGUGUUCAGCGGGGACACUUCACAAAGAAACCGGUUCAUCACAUGGCCACCUUCCCUCACUUGAGGACAUUUGUGACUUCAGGCUGUCCAAGCGGUGGCGUAAAUGUCUGGACUGCGGAAGAAAAGAAACCUACUGCCGAUCAAUGUCCUGGAAAAUCGUCACUAUGUGUGUCCCAAAGUGGCGUGCCGCUGCUUUCAAGUGCUCCAUCAUCGACGCGUCUUCUCGUAUCCCGCACUGAUGGUGAUUCGGUUGUGGUUGAUGUCACGACGGGUCAGCAGACUUGGUCUCAAGAUUCGUCACAGACUAAGCAAGUGGGUGGUGGUGGUGAGUUACUGUCGUCACUCGGCUGGACUGACAGUGAUCAUACGUUCUUCACGUGCCAGCUACGUUCCGGCUUGGUGUCGACCGUGGACACUCGCCAAAAGAGCAGCUGUGCGCUUUCCAUCGUCCCUGCGCCGUGCUGCAGCAAUCAGCCAUCAUCCGCUUCUGACAAUGCUGUCACCGGCAAUGACGCUGCGCUAGCAGAGCAACACUGUGGCAUGGCUGGAUCACAGAGUUCAGCUGCAGACAUUGCCGAUACGCCACCGAGCUCAGCGAUGUGUGCAGAGAUGCACCGAAAGCACGGUGCGACGUGCACUGGAUCUGAUCGAGGUCUGAUAGCAUCCUGCUGUGGGUGCGGCUGUGUCCAAGUGAGUGAUAUGCGCCAGACUAAGCAUCAGCAGCCACUCGCCUUGCAUGAUCUUAGUCCCUGUUUGAUCAGAUUGAAUCAGCAAGCCGCAGGUCAUGAGACUAUGGAUGGCUGGGAGCAUUCCACCGGAACUGCAGCAAGAGUUCAUUGCACUACCGACCACCGUACUUCCAAUAUACAACUUCAGUUCUCACCCACCGCUCCAGACCUUCUCUCUGUAUCUGGUUUGGACAGUGGCGUUCAUGUCUUAUCUGUGAAGCAACUCUGCUCCCAAGCUUCUCAAACACAAAGUGGCAGCAGCACUACUCCUAGCAGUAGCACCAGCGUUUUUACCCACGAUGGCCACCUUGCCAACGCUGAUCUGGAAACCGUAUCACCCUCAUCACCUCUGGUUGUUCUGCAGCACAGCUGGCAUCCGACAGAAAAGAACUUGCUCUUCUCAGCUGCCAGUGACGGUUCGCUCCAUGCCUGGCAGCCCAGACUGCCGGAGGGUAUGUGUAGUAGCUGAGUGACCGGCUGGCUGCUGAAUGCAACCUGCUGCUGCACAGCAGAAGCAGCGAAAUUGCUUGUAGUCGUGAGAUGGCAAUCACAAUGGGAGCUGAUUGACUCGCAUCAGACCUGGACAGGAAUGGAGCAUCUCGUAAUCCUCAACAUCUGUAGCUGAUCAUUGCACUGCUACGAAUGUACGCCGCCGAUGAUCGUCCUGCUCUCUGGAGAUGGUACCCUACUUUGCUAUGGCGUACAUGUACCUCCAGAGAUCUGGGUAAGAAUGUCAAUACGGUGAAUGGGUGUUCAGCUACCCGCGAUGCCAACCCAAAGCUGUCUACACACACACACUUUGUCAUCGAAGUCGUCACCCUGAACAGGAAUAACCAGUUCUAUGAUCUAUAUCAGGAAGACUUAGUAACAAUAGUCACAAGGUAUUUCUAUCUAUCUUCCUGUUUGUUAUUUUAUGCCCGAUAUAUUUUUUCCACCUUAUCCGUUCUACAACCAGACCAGGCGGUGCGCUGUCAUAUCAAUGACUGUGUUUCCACGUUUACAAUAGAAUCUUCUAGUUGAAGUAGUUCUAGUUCUAGCUCUAUGUCUACCUACUAUGGCGGCAGAACUGCCAGCCAUCUGUGUACAA